GUCGCCAUGGAAGUGAAGGAACGCAGACCUUAUCGCUCGCUGACCUCCCGGCGGGAGUCGGAGCGGCGCUACACCAGCUCCUCGGCCGACAGCGAGGACGGGAAGAUUAACCCCAAGUCCUACAGCUCCAGCGAGACGCUCAAGGCCUUCGACCAGGAGUCCAGGCUGGCCUACGGGAGCAGAGUCAAAGACGUGGUGCACCAUGAGGUCGACGAGUUCUGCAGGCAAGGGGCCGACUUUUCUCUCCGUGAUCUGGGCUUUGGCGAAGCCGUGCCGUCCCACGUGGCGGCCUACCGGACAGAUCUGGGCCUGCCCCACCGCGACUACUCCGUGAGCGUGGGCUCGGACGCCGACACCGAGACCGACGGCAUCAUGUCCCCGGAGCACGCCGUCCGGCUGUGGGGCCGGCAGAACACCAAAUCGGGCCGCAGCUCCUGCCUGUCCAGCCGGGCCAACUCCAACCUGACGCUGACCGACACCGAACACGAGAACACGGAGAACGGUCAGCCUCUGCAUUGCUCCUCAGCCUCCUCCUCCCCUGUCGAGUCCCCCUUCCCUCCCCCUUCCCGCGCGGCCAAUGAGAGCCAGGGAAGGUUGCUAGGUAACAGUGUGGCUCAGCCAGCCCAGGACUCUGAGUCGGAAGAUGAGUUUGGCCCCAAUUCAUUCUUAGUUAAAACUGGCUCAGGGACCCUCUAUGCUUCGGCUGCUGCAGCCGCUGACGACGGCACUUUCCAGAACCACUCCCGCCUGCGGACGCCACCUGUGCCCCUGUCGCACUCCCACUCGCCCAGCCAGCAGCACCAUGCCACCUCGGUGAACUCGCUGAACCGGGACAACUACACGCCGCGCAGCAACCCCAGCCCCGCGCCCACUGACAGCUCCGUGCCCCCCGAAGGCCCAGGCAGCGCCCAGGACUCGGGCAGCGCCCAGGACAACUGGCUGCUCAACAGCAACAUUCCCCUGGAGACCAGAAACAUUGCAAAGCAGACAUUCCUUGAGACUUUGCAGGACAACUUGAUUGAGAUGGACAUUCUGGCGGCGGCGCGCCACGAAGGCGCUUACGGCGACGGGCACUUCCUGUUCAAGCCCGGCGGGACCUCGCCCAUGUACUGCACGACGUCGCCGGGCUACCCGCUGACCUCCAGCACCGUCUACUCGCCCCCGCCGCGCCCGCUCCCCCGCAGCACCUUCUCGCGGCCGGCCUUCAGCCUGAAGAAGCCCUACAAGCACUGCAACUGGAAGUGCGCCGCGCUCAGCGCCAUCCUCGUCUCCGUCACCCUCGUCUUUCUGCUGGCCUACUUCAUCGCCAUGCACCUCUUCGGGCUGAACUGGCACCUGCAGCCCAUGCAGAGACAGAUGUACCAGUUAACGGAGGACAACGCCAGCGGCCUGCCUCUGCCCACAGACUUGGGCCUGCCGCCUCUGGGCAACACGGGGCUGGAGCUGCCAGAUCGAAGAGGCAAAGACGACGGCAAAUUGGACAGCCUCUUCCCAGAUGACAGCUUCAUAGACAUGGGCGAGAUCGAUGUGGGGCGAAAGGUCGCUCAGCAGAUCCCGCCUGGUGUCUUCUGGAGGUCCCAGGUCUUUAUCGACCAUCCCAUGUACCUCAAGUUCAAUGUGUCCCUUAGCAAAGAUGCCUUGGUGGGAAUCUAUGGCAGGAGAGGACUCCCUCCAUCUCAUACACAGUUUGACUUCGUGGAGCUGCUGGAUGGCCGGCGGCUCCUGGUCCAGGGGGUGCAGGGUCUGGAGGGCCCCCUGGCUGCCCAGCAACAGCAGCAGCAGCAGCAGCCGCAGAGAGGCCUGAUCCCGCUGGCCACCCACGACACGGGCUUCAUCCAGUACAUGGACUCGGGCAUCUGGCACCUGGCGGUCUACAACGACGGCAAGGAGACGGAGCAGGUGUCCUUCCUGACCAUCGGCGUGGAUUCAAUCGAGGACUGCCCCAGCAACUGCUUUGGCAACGGGGACUGCAUCGCCGGCACCUGCCACUGUUUCCUGGGCUUCAGGGGCCCUGACUGCGGGAGAGCCUCCUGCCCAGUCUUGUGCAGUGGGAACGGCCAGUACCUGAAAGGGCGCUGCAUGUGCCACAGCGGCUGGAAGGGCGCCGAGUGCGACGUGCCCACCAACCAGUGCAUCGACGCCGCCUGCAGCGGGCACGGCACCUGCAUCGUGGGCACCUGCAUCUGCAACCCGGGCUACAAAGGGGAGAGCUGCGAGGAAGUGGACUGCCUGGACCCCACGUGCUCUGGCCGAGGGGUGUGUGUGCGUGGCGAGUGCCACUGCUUCUCCGGCUGGGGCGGCUCCGGCUGCGAGAGCCCACGGGCCUCCUGCAUGGACCAGUGUUCCGGCCACGGCGCCUUCCUGGCCGACACCGGAGCCUGCUCCUGUGACCCCAACUGGACCGGCCACGACUGCUCCACUGAGAUUUGCGCAGCAGACUGUGGCGGCCAUGGCAUCUGCGUGGCGGGCACCUGCCGCUGUGACGAGGGCUGGAUGGGCGCGGGCUGUGACCAGAGGGCAUGCCACCCGCGCUGCCAGGAGCACGGCACCUGCAAGGACGGCAAAUGCGAGUGCAGCCCCGGGUGGAACGGAGAGCACUGCACCAUCGAGGGUUGUCCGGGGCUGUGCAACGGCAACGGCAGGUGCACCCUGGGUAAUAACGGCUGGUACUGCGUGUGUCAGCUCGGCUGGCGUGGGCCAGGGUGUGACACCUCCAUGGAAACGGCCUGCAGCGACGGCAAGGACAACGAUGGAGAUGGCCUGGUGGACUGCAUGGACCCGGACUGCUGCCUGCAGGCAUCGUGCCACACCACGUCCCUGUGCGUGGGCUCCCCCGACCCGCUGGACAUCAUCCAGGAGACGCAGAUCUCCUCCAGCCAGAGCACGCUGCAGUCCUUCUACGAGCGCAUCCACUUCCUCGUCGGCCGCGACAGCACCCACGUCGUCCCCGGCACCAACCCCUUCGACGGCAGUCACGCCUGUGUAAUCCGGGGACAAGUUGUGACUUCUGACGGCACCCCGCUGGUUGGAGUGAACAUCAGCUUCAUUAGCAACCCGACCUACGGCUACACCAUCACCAGACAGGAUGGCAGCUUCGACCUGGUCUCCAACGGAGGCGUGGCCAUCGCGCUGCGCUUCGAGCGCGCCCCCUUCAUCACCCAGGAGCACACGCUGUGGUUGCCGUGGGGACGCUUCUUCGUCAUGGACACCGUCGUCAUGCGCCACGAGGUCAACGACAUCCCCAGCUGCGACCUGAGCAGCUUCGCCAGGCCCAGCCCCGUCGUGGCGCCCGCCCCGCUCACCGCCUUCGCGGGCACCUGCGCGGAGAGGGGCAAAAUCGUACCUGAAAUUCAGGCCCUGCAGUCGGAGAUUCGGAUCCCUGGCACGGACAUGCGUCUCAGCUACCUGAGCAGCCGGACGGCGGGCUACAAGUCGCUCUUGCGGGUGACCCUCACCCACGCGGUCAUCCCCUUCAACCUGAUGAAGGUGCACCUGAUGGUGGCCGUGGAGGGGCGGCUCUUCAGGAAGUGGUUUCCGUCCGCCCCCAACCUGCUGUACGACUUCCUGUGGGACAAGACCGACGUCUACAGCCAGAAGGUGUACGGCUUGUCAGAGGCCUUCGUGUCCGUGGGCUAUGAGUACGAGUCCUGUCUAGACCUCAUCCUCUGGGAGAAGAGGACGGCCGUGCUGCAGGGCUACGAGACCACCGCGUCCAAGCUGGGCGGAUGGUCCCUGGACAAGCACCAUGCCCUAAACAUCCAGAGCGGCAUCCUCCACAAAGGCAAUGGUGAGAACGUGUUCAUUUCCCAGCAGCCCCCUGUGAUUGGGAGCAUCAUGGGUAACGGGCGGAGGCGAAGCAUUUCCUGCCCCAGCUGCAACGGUCUGGCGGACGGCAACAAGCUGCUGGCGCCGGUGGCCCUGGCGUGCGGCUCGGACGGCAGCCUGUACGUGGGCGACUUCAACUACGUGCGACGCAUCUUCACCACGGGCAAUGUCACCAGCGUGCUGGAGCUCAGCAACAGCCCGGCCCAUAAGUACUACCUGGCCACCAGCCCGGUGACCGGGGCGGUCUACCUGUCGGACACCAGCACCAGGAAGGUGUUCAAGAUCAAGUCUCUGAGCAAGGUGAAGGACGUGGCCAAGAACCUGGAGGUGGUGGCGGGCACCGGGGACCAGUGUCUGCCCUACGACGAGACCCGCUGCGGGGACGGGGGCAAGGCCAUAGAGGCCCCCCUCACCAACCCCAGAGGCAUUGCGGUGGACAAGUAUGGCGUCAUCUUCUUCGUGGACGGCACCAUGAUUCGCCGGGUGGACCAGAAUGGAAUCAUCUCCACGCUGCUGGGUUUCAAUGACCUGACUUCGGCCAGGCCUCUGAGUUGUGACUCUGCCAUGGACAUCUCCCAGGUGCGGCUAGAGUGGCCGACUGACCUGGCCGUGAGCCCGAUGGACAACGCUCUGUAUGUUCUGGACAACAACGUGGUGCUGCAGAUCUCGGAGAACCACCAGGUGCGCAUUGUGGCGGGUCGUCCUAUGCACUGCCAGGUGCCCGGCAUCGACCACUUCCUGGUCAGCAAGGUGGCGGUGCACGCCACGCUGGAGUCGGCGAACGCCCUGGCGGUGUCGCACAGCGGCGUGCUCUACAUCGCCGAGUCGGACGAGAAGAAGGUGAACCGCGUGCGGCAGGUGUCGACCAGCGGCGAGAUCUCCCUGGUGGCGGGCGCGCCGAGCGGCUGCGACUGCAAGAGCGACCCCAACUGCGACUGCUACUCGGGCGACGAGGGCUACGCCAAGGACGCGCGGCUCAACGCGCCCUCCUCGCUGGCCGUGUCGCCCGACGGCGAGCUGUUCGUGGCCGACCUCGGCAACGUGCGCAUCCGCUACGUGCGCCGCAACCGGCCCUUCCUGAGCCCGCUCAACAUGUACGAGGUGUCGUCGCCCAUCGACGACGAGCUCUACCUCUUCGACGCCAACGGCAGCCACAUCUACACCCAGAGCCUGACCACCGGCGACCACGUCUACAACCUCACCUACACCGGCGAGGGCGACCUGGCCACCGUGACCGACCUCAACAAGAACGUGGUGACCCUCCGCCGCGACGCCACCGGCAUGCCCAUCUGGAUCAUGGCGCCCGACGGUCAGACCUUCUGGUUCACCAUCGGCACCAACAACGCCCUGAAGAGCGUGGGCGCCCAGGGCCACGAGCUGGCCGUCAUGACGUACCACGGCAGCUCGGGACUCCUCGCCACCAUGAGCAACGAGAACGGCUGGACGACGUUCUACGAGUAUGACAGCUACGGGCGCCUGACGAACGUCACCUACCCGACGGGCAGAGUGAGCAGCUACCGGAGCGACAUGGACAGCUCCGUCAGGGUCCAGACCGAGGGCUCCAACAAGGAAGACAUCACCAUCACCACCAACCUCUCCGCCUCCGGAACCUUCUACACGCUGAUGCAGGAGCAAGUGCGUAACAGCUACUACAUCGGCCUGGACGGCUCGCUGCGGCUGGUGCUGGCCAACGGGAUGGAGGUGUCGCUGCACACGGAGCCCCACCUGCUGGCCGGGACGGUCAACCCCACGGUCAGCAAGCGCAACGUCACGCUGCCCAUCGACAACGGCCUCAACCUGGUGGAGUGGAGGCAGCGCAAGGAGCAGGCCCGCGGCCAGGUCACCGUCUACGGACGCCGGCUCAGGGUUCACAACCGCAAUCUACUGUCCAUGGACUUCGACCGCGUCACCAGGACCGAGAAGGUGUACGACGACCACAGGAAGUUCACGCUGCGCAUCCACUACGACCACGCCGGCCGGCCGACCCUGUGGGCCCCCAGCAUCCGCCUCAACGGCGUCAACGUCACCUACUCGCCCGGCGGGCACGUGGCGGGCAUCCAGCGGGGCACCAUGUCCGUGCGCAUGGAGUACGACCAGAACGGCCGCAUCAGCUCGCAGACCUUCGCCGACGGGAAGUCGUGGACCUACACGUACCUAGAGAAGUCCAUGGUCCUCCUGCUCUUCAGCCAGAGGCAGUACAUCUUCGAGUUCGACAAGAACGACCGGCUGUCGUCGGUGACCAUGCCCAACGUGGCGCGGCAGACGCUGGAGACCACGCGCUCGGUGGGCUACUACCGCAACACGUACCGGCCGCCCGAGGGCAACGCGUCCGUGCUGCAGGACUACAGCGAGGAGGGCCUGCUGCUGCAGACCCAGCACCUGGGCACGGGCCGGCGGGUCAUCUACAAGUACGGCAAGCUCUCCAAGCUGCUGGAGGUGCUGCACGACACCACGCGCAUCGCCUUCUCCUACGACGAGGCGGCCGGCCUGCUCAAGACGGUCGGCCUGCAGAGCGAGGGCGGCUUCACCUGCACGAUCCGCUACCGGCAGCUGGGGCCGCUCAUCGACCGGCAGAUCUUCCGCUUCAGCGAGGAGGGCCUGGUCAACGCCCGCUUCGACUACAACUACGACAACAGCUUCCGCGUGACCAGCAUGCAGGCGGUCAUCAACGAGACGCCGCUGCCCAUCGACCUGUACCGCUACGACGACGUGUCGGGCAAGAUGGAGCAGUUCGGCAAGUUCGGCGUCAUCUACUACGAGAUCAACCAGAUCAUCACCACGGCGGUGAUGACGCACACCAAGCACUUCGACGCCUACGGCCGCGUCAAGGAGGUGCAGUACGAGAUCUUCCGCUCGCUCAUGUACUGGAUGAUGGUGCAGUACGACAACAUGGGCCGCGUGGUGGCCAAGGAGCUCAAAGUCGGGCCCUACGCCAACACCACCCGCUACGCCUACGAGUACGACGCCGACGGCCAGCUGCAGACGGUGUCGCUCAACGACAAGCCGCUGUGGCGCUACAGCUACGACCUCAACGGCAACCUGCACCUGCUGAGCCCCGGCAGCACCUCGCGGCUCACGCCGCUGCGCUACGACCUGCGCGACCGCAUCACGCGGCUGGGCGACGCCCAGUACCGGCUGGACGAGGACGGCUUCCUGCGCCAGCGCGACUCGGACUACUUCGAGUACGACUCGGCGGGCCACCUGACGCGCGCCUACAACCGCGCGGCCGGCUGGAGCGUCCGCUACCGCUACGACGGGCUCGGACGACGCGUGUCCAGCCGCAGCACGCCGGGUCACCACCUGCAGUUCUUCUACGCCGACCUGGCCAGCCCGGCGCGCGCCACGCACCUGUACAACCACUCCAGCUCGGAGAUCACCUCGCUCUACUACGACCUGCAGGGCCACCUGUUCGCCAUGGAGCUGAGCAGCGGCGACGAGUUCUACGUGGCGUGCGACAACAUCGGCACGCCGCUGGCGGUCUUCAGCGGCACCGGCGCCAUGAUCAAGCAGGUCUUCCACACGGCGUUCGGCGAGGUCUACCUGGACACCAACCCCAGCUUCCAGCUGGUCAUCGGCUACCAGGGCGGCAUCUACGAGCCGCUCACCAGACUCGUCCACAUGGGCCGGCGCGACUACGACACGCUCGCCGGACGCUGGACCACGCCCGACCACGACGCGUGGCAACGGCUGAACGGCAACAACAUCGCGCCCUUCAACCUCUACAUGUUCAAGAACAACAACCCCCUAACCAACAGCCACGAGACCAAGUGCUACAUGACAGAUGUCAACAGCUGGCUAGUGACGUUCGGCUUCCAGCUGUACAAUGUCAUCCCGGGCUACAAGAAGCCUGUCUCGGACGCCAUGGAGCCCUCCUACGAGCUGAUCCACACCCAGAUGAAGACGCAGGAGUGGGAUAGCACCAAGUCGUUGCUGGGUGUGCAGUGCGAGGUGCAGCGGCAGCUGAAGUCGUUCGUGCGCCUGGAGCGCUUCGGGCAGAUCUACGGCGCGAGCAGCGCCGGCUGCGUGCCGGCCAAGGGUGACCCGUCCUUCGCCUCCGGCGCGUCCAUGUUCGGGCGCGGCUUCAAGCUGGCCGUCCGCGACGGGCGCGUGCACGCCGACAUCAUCAGCCUGGCCAGCGAGGACGGGCGUCGGCUGGCGGCGGUGCUCGACGGCGCCCUCUACCUGCAGGAGCUGCGCUACACGGUGGACGGCGCGGACACGCACCACUUCGUCAAGACGGGCGGCGCCGAGGGCGACCUGUCGCUGCUGGGCAUGACGGCGGGCCGGCGCACGCUCGAGUCGGGCACCAACGUGACGGUGGCGCAGAUGAACGCGGUGCUGGGCGGGCGCACGCGUCGCCUGACCGACGUCACGCUGCAGCACGGGCACCUGCGGCUGUGCGUGCGCUACGGCAGCGGCGGCGACGAGGAGCGGGCCCGCGUGCUGGAGCUGGCCCGGCAGCGGGCCGUGUCCGGCGCCUGGGCGCGCGAGCGGCAGAGACUGCGCGACGGCGAGGACGGCACGCGGGCGUGGACGGCGGGCGAGAGGCAGCAGCUGCUCAACAGCGGGCGCGUGCCCGGCUACGACGGCUACUACGUGGCCUCGGCAGACCAGUACCCGGAGCUGGCCGACAGCCCCAGCAACAUCUAUUUCAUGCGACAGAGCGAGAUGGGCAGGUGACAUGAACACGGUGAGCACAACCCUGCCGACUCUCCUCCCGAGAGGGGAACAGACUGGACACGACACACACAUACGGACAGCGUGGUUUAAGGACUCCUUGCCAAAGACGGAUGUUUGUUUGUUUGUUUUUUGUUUCUGUUUCAUUUCAUUUAACAUGUGACCACUUCAUGUUUUUAUUCUCAUGUGUCCUAGUACUGUGUUUUUUAUUUUUACGUUUUUGUUUUUUAACAAACGGACAAACUUGUGGUCGAAUCAAGAGUUUGCUCCUCUGAUACAGUAGUGCCCUUUUUUUAAUGUGUUAACUUUUGAUUCCAUUCGGGAGUUCUUUACCAGUCUUUGCCCUUCAAGUGCGGCUGCUAGAGGACGACGAGUCGACCCGACGCUGGAGGUGUUGUCGACUCGUUUUUUUCGCAACGUCCCCGUUUGACGAUUCUGCUUAAAGGAGUGGAAGAGCAGUGGUGCUGCUGGCGUUGCCCGGGUCCGCGGGUCUAGCCCAGCCCGCCCCGCCAAGCAAAUGGAUCCUCGCCAAAAACGCUCACUGCCUUCUGUUUCUGCCUUCUUUCUGCACCUCGGCCAAGGAGAGACAUUUCUCUGUCAAACUGUUUUUUUUUUGUUUUUGUUUUUUUCGCUUUGAUUCUUUUUUUUGCCAUUAUUUUAUACUUGAAAAAAAAAAUCCCCUUGACAAACUGUCCCUGUUUCAAAGAAAAGAAGAGGAAUAAACACGCAAGAACAUUGAUGUCUGCUGUCCAUAGCCCUCUGGUUAAGGCUCUAACUGAACUCUAGUCCAAGUUAUAGUGGUGUCUUGUUAAUAUUUCAUUUUUUUAAAAAAGCUUUGUAUUCAUCUUGUGGUCUCUGCCCCCUUGUAAGACUUCUAAAGGGCUUUGGCUCAGACCUGCCUUUAGUUCAGGUUGGCUUACUUUUGGUAACAUACCUAGAUUUUCUUAUACCAUAAUUUCAAUUUGAUCUUUGUGGCCUACAUUGUGCAGCAAGCUAAGCACAAGGACGACCCAACGCUUUGAUUUCCAACAUUCUUUUCUUCUGUUUUGAUUUCUAAAGUGUUUGUCGCCUAUUAAUGUAAAAAUUUAAACUGGAUAUUCAGAAAAAAAGACUCUCCGUCAACUGUGCUUCUGGGCACAGAAGAGUUCAUUGAGAGGAAAAAAGAUAUAAGAGCCAAACCUAUAAGGAAAAAAAAUGUCAAACAAUGUUUUCUGUAUUAAAGAAUGGAAGGUAUUUUACUCAAAUGGUUUUAAAUUGCCAUCAAUUAUUUUAUAUAUAGCUAUAUAAAGUACCAGUAUAACAAUGUGAACUCCGAAAUGUGAACUGUUGUCCCUCUCAUUGCUACUUGUUGUACUUGAACAAUGCUUAAGGGUGUUGCAGUACAUGGAAUAAAUUAUAAAUGUUUGGAAAGGUGACAUUAGGUGAAGGCGUCAUUUAGAUUUUUUAUAGAAGGACCGCUGUUUUUUAAUCCUUUAUAAACGUCCUUGGCUCUUUACAGAUUGCAGUAUUCACUUUUCUUUUGUUUGAAAAACAAGGUUACUUUUUGGUCUCAAAUGAAAUCAAAGCAGCACAAAUGCUUGAUAAUUGAAUUCAAAACCAGUGAUUUAAAAAAAAGCUGCCCUGUUGCUAUACCAAGGGCAAAUGUUUGGGAUUUUGGGGGGGGAGGCGGGGAAACAAAAUGCAUCUGAAAACUUCAAAUAAAUAUCUGAAGUGAACUAUGAGUAAUCUGACCAUGGAGUGAUCUAAAGAGUCUGCUCAUGUCCCAGAAAAUGUAUGACCCUCAUACACACAUUUCCCUAUACACACACCGACUCCUGGACUAAAAUGGUAACCUCUGAAAAUGUUAUUGUGGUGUGAAGUUGCUGAAAAUUUCCGACAAGAACAAAGGUGAUGCAUCACAUGUACGUCACCAAAAAUGUUUUCUCUCUGCUCACUGAAAGUGUACCUACCUAAAGCUAUGAAUGGAGUUCAAAUGACGCAGAAUGGUGUACUCUUGGUGACUCCUUUUCCGUGCAAUGGUUUGUGGGAAAAUCCAUAGCUGGUGAUGACUGACAUUUUGUUUCUACUCUCAUCAAGUUGCCUGGUUGGGGGAUGGGCGGGGGUGGCUGGGUUUGGGGGACAGCAACAACUCAAGUGUCUCAAUCUGUACAAAAAAAUAUUUUUUGUUUUUGAUUUUGUUUUGCUGUUGUCAAAUACAGUGAUAUACUCUUGUCAGACAUUCAUGCUAUAUUUAAAAAAAAGAACAAUGAGAACAUACUUUUUGAAUGAAGGAAAAACUGCAUUGUGGAAAAAUAUUGCACUGAGAAAUAUUGCUUUGUGAGGCUGUAAUGUUUUUUUGUUGGUUUGUUUUGUUGUUUUUUAGGUUUGGGUUGAUUUUUAAGUGUUCAGAUUUUUUUAUUAUUUGUUUUUGUUCUUUUUAUUUUCUUUUUUGUUCUCAGCACUGUGUUUCUAAGGCUUCUCCUGGACCGUGUACAUAAGACGUUGACAACAACAGUAAGCUGUAAAUAAAAUGCAAAUGUAGAUACCUUUUAGACCUACAACAGUGACCCUGUGUAGUCUUUAGGUUUAAAAAAAAUAAUUAAAUAAAGGAUAUUUUGUGUUUA